AUGAGGAGCACACAGGCGGAGGAGUCGCAGACGCCCCGGAGCCUGCGAAUCCCCGAGUGGAAUACGGAAGAGGACGGAGCGUGGGUCGCCCCACAGAUCGACAACCCCGCCUACAAGGGGGAGUGGAAGCCGAGGAGGGUGAACGACCCCAACCCAGAGCUCUCGGACUUCGAGGGGUGGUGUUGGCCUGGAACAUCGCUGUAUCCCGACUUCACGGAUCCCGCGAUGCGCGAGUACUGGGGCUCGCAGUUCGCGCUGGACAAGUACACGGGCACGAACGGAGACACCUACAUCUGGAACGACAUGAACGAGCCAUCCGUCUUCAAUGGCCCAGAGGUGACCAUGCCCCGAGAUGCCGUUCACCCCAAUGGAAUGGUCGAGCACCGGGAUGUGCACAACAUGUACGGCUACUAUGUCCACCGGGCCACUUUCGAGGGCUUGGCGAAGCGGACGGCCGGAGACAGGCCCUUUGUGCUGACGCGGUCCUUCUUCAUCGGCUCUCACAAGUAUAGCGCUAUUUGGACAGGAGACAACUAUGCCCAGUGGUCGCACCUGAAAGCAUCCAUUGCGAUGGUCGGUGCCCUCACGCUCGGUGGCCAGUCUCUGGUCGGAGCGGAUGUGGGUGGCUUCUUCAAGCAUCCAGAUGCGGAGAUGACGGUGAGAUGGCAGUCUGCCUCAUCAGUCUAG